AUGCUCCGCAACACCGUCCGCUCCGCCGCCCGCGCCUCGCGCCAGUUCUCGUCUUCGGCCCGCGUUGCCUCGUACGAGGACACCAUCGGCAACAUCUAUGUCAACAAGGACAGCAAGGUCCUCAUCCAGGGCUUCACCGGCAAGACGGGUACCUUCCACGCCCAGCAGUCCAUUGCCUACGGCACCCGUGUUAUCGGUGGUGUUAACCCCAAGGCGAGUACUUUUCCCAGCGAGGAACGGCGAGAGUCUCAAAAGGCCGGCCAGACCCACCUUGGCCUGCCCGUCUUCGGCUCCGUCAAGGAGGCCAUGGCCGCCGAGCAGCCCGACGCUACUGUCAUCUACGUUCCCCCCGCGGGUGCCGCCGAUGCCAUCAUUGAGGCUAUUGAGAACGAGGUCAAGCUCAUCGUCACCAUCACUGAGGGUAUCCCCCAGCGUGACCAGCUCAAGGUCUACAACGCUCUCCGCUCGCAGUCCAAGUCGCGCAUGGUCGGCGGUAACUGCCCCGGUGUCAUGAGCGAGACCUGUAAGCUCGGUAUCAUGCCCGGCCAGGUCUUCUCGCAGGGCAACAUUGGUAUCGUCUCGCGUUCGGGUACCCUUACCUACGAGGCCGUCAACCAGACCACCAUGGCCGGUCUCGGCCAGUCGCUCACUGUCGGUAUCGGUGGUGACCCCUUCCCCGGCACCCAGCACCUUGACGUUGUCAAGAUCCUCCUCUCGGACCCCAAGACCGAGGGUAUCGUCCUGAUCGGUGAGAUCGGUGGCUCGAUGGAGGAGGAGGCUGCCGAGUACCUCAAGCAGUACAACUCGGGCCCCAACGCCAAGCCCGUCGUCUCGUUCAUUGCCGGCCGCACCGCCCCUCCCGGCCGUCGCAUGGGCCACGCCGGUGCCAUCAUCGCCGGCGGCAAGGGUGCCGCCUCGGACAAGGUCAAGGCCCUCGAGGCCGCUGGCGCCAUCAUUGCCCAGUCGCCCGGCCAGAUCGGUGCCCUCAUGCACGAGGCCAUGAAGAAGAUCGGCAAGGCCUAA